CGUGCGACGCGUUCGAUUAUUGAUCGGCGUCGCGGCGCCGCUCUGCAGCCACUCUGUCAAGCACACUCCUGAGCUAAGCGAACGGGCUCUCCCGGUCCCGCUGCGCUUUUGUACCGGUUGUACGCUUUAGUAGAGCUCCUCCCACGCGUCGCUGGCGCUUCGGGACGACGCGAGCGCGGCGCAAAAGCUCGCACUCUCUCGAUUGUUGCAGCGCUCGUCGUCUCCGAAAAAGCGUGAAACAAGACCCGUGUAACGAGGCCUACUUCUCCGAGGAGGGAUGCCUCGUUCGCGCUGCGACGCGUCCGUGGCCGCCCGGGGCGGGUGCUGCUUGGCAAGGGCGGCGCGGCGCAGCGGUCGCGGCUGAAUAGGCGGAGGCGACCCGAGCAGUUGCGCUGCGCUGGAGCGCUAAGCACGCUCACGGAAAAUAGCCAAAGCUUCGCGCGGUGCCCAAGGGAGCCCGGCUGGCCCCCCAAGGCCUAACAACCCAAGCUCGCCGCAGACUCGGAGGCGCGCGGCGGGCGCCCGGCGAGGCCCCGGACCGCUUCUAAACAAGCGCCCGGCGCCCGGCGGACGCGUAGCCGGGGGCGAUGGAGCUCCGCGUCGGCAAGAAGUACCGCCUCGGCCGCAAGAUCGGCUCGGGGUCCUUCGGGGACAUUUAUCUGGGUACCAAUUUGACGAGCGGCGAGGAGGUCGCCAUCAAGCUCGAGAGCGUCAAGUCGAAGCACCCCCAGCUACUCUACGAGUCGAAGAUCUACCGCAUUUUGCAUGGCGGGGUUGGUGUCAGUAACGUACGAUGGUACGGCGUCGAGGGCGAUUAUAAUGUGAUGGUCAUGGACUUGUUGGGACCUUCACUGGAAGAUCUGUUCAACUACUGCGGACGGAAGUUCAACCUCAAAACGGUAUUGAUGCUCGCGGACCAGCUCGUGUCGCGCCUCGAGUACGUCCACACGAAGAGCUUCAUCCACCGCGACGUGAAGCCGGACAACUUUUUGAUUGGGCUGGGCAAGCGGCAGCACGUGAUCCACGUCAUCGAUUUUGGCCUCGCGAAAAAGUACCGGGACCCGCGGAGCCACCAGCACAUCCCGUACCGCGAGAACAAGAACCUGACGGGGACGGCGCGCUACGCGUCGAUCAACACGCACAUUGGGAUCGAGCAGAGUCGUCGGGACGACUUGGAGUCCUUGGGUUAUGUGCUCAUGUACUUGAUCCGGGGCUCGCUGCCCUGGCAGGGGCUCAAGGCGAACACGAAGAAGCUGAAGUACGAGCGCAUCAUGGACCGCAAGAUGUCGACCUCCACCGAAAGUCUCUGCAAGGGCUUCCCGGCCGAGUUCCGGUCCUACUUCGAGUACUGCCGCUCGCUUAGAUUCGAGGACCGGCCGGACUACGCCUACCUCAAGCGCCUCUUCAAGGAGCUCUUCUACCGCAAGGGCUUCCAGUACGACAACAUGUACGACUGGACCGUGCAGAACAUGCAGCAGGAACGCAGCCGCCUCGGUCCGGACCGCGCGCCGGCGCCGGCGGCGCCGGGGCCCGCGCCGGGCGCGGCGCGGCCGCCCGAGGACGCGGCCGCGAAGGAGCGCGAGCGCGACAAGGCGCGCGCGGCGGCGGGCGCCGCGCCGCCGCUGCCGCUCGACGAGGCCAAGCGCGGCGACUCGGACCCGCGCACGGGCCGCCGCGCGCAGACGGGCUCCUCGGCGCCGGCGGCGGACCGGCCGCGCGGCGCGGCGCCGCCGCCGGCCGCGGCCGCACCGCGCCGGACCGCCGCCGCCGUCGACGACAGCGCGCCGCCGACGACGGCGGCCUCGGCGACGCGGCCCGGCGGCGGCCGCUGA